CUUCCGCUGAGAAAUAUAGUCUGGAUUAAUUUUCACAUUUUUAUCGGUUAUUGAAACAUAAUUUGUAUAUAGCAGAUAGAGAAUACAAUGUAUUGUGAUCCAAACAUUAAGUCAGUCAACUGAAACUAUAUUGUCAACGAAACGGAGCAUUUUAAGUUAGUCAGUGAAAAAAGUGCGGCUGCAUAAAGGCAGUGGGCAUCGCCAUCAGCGAUCUUUCCAGUCGCAUGCUGAAGUUAGGAACGGAUCAUGUCUAGCGAUUCUGCUGAUUUUAACAGCUCAAAAGACCAUGGGGGGCCAGACGGAAUGGAGCCUGAUGGUGUUAUCGAGAGUAACUGGAAUGAGAUUACCGACAACUUUGAUGAUAUGAGCCUGAAAGAGACUCUUCUCAGGGGGAUAUAUGCAUAUGGUUUUGAAAAGCCAUCUGCCAUUCAACAAAGGGCAAUCAUACCUUGCAUCAAAGGCUAUGAUGUCAUUGCCCAGGCCCAGUCGGGCACUGGCAAGACGGCCACGUUUGCCAUCUCUAUCUUGCAGCAACUGGACAUAGAGGUGAAGGAGACUCAGGCUCUGGUGUUGGCUCCCACCAGAGAGCUGGCUCAGCAGAUCCAGAAGGUCAUUCUGGCUCUGGGUGACUACAUGGGGGCAGCAUGCCAUGCCUGCAUCGGGGGGACCGAUCUCCGUGCUGAAAUAUCAAAGCUCCAGGCUGAGGCCCCUCACAUAGUGGUGGGCACACCAGGACGUGUGUACGACAUGCUUAGCAGGGGACAUCUGUCUGCAAAAUGUAUCAAGAUGUUUGUUCUGGAUGAAGCUGAUGAGAUGUUGAGUCGAGGGUUCAAAGAUCAAAUCUAUGAGAUCUUCCAGAAGCAGAGCACAAACAUUCAAGUGGUCCUGCUCUCUGCCACCAUGCCAGCAGAGGUGUUGGAGGUGACCAAGAAGUUCAUGCGAGAACCCAUUCGCAUCUUGGUGAAGAAAGAAGAGCUUACCCUCGAGGGUAUCAAGCAAUUCUACAUAAAUGUGGAGCGAGAGGAGUGGAAGCUGGACACCCUGUGUGAUCUGUAUGAAACACUGACUAUCACCCAGGCUGUCAUUUUCCUCAACACCAGGAGAAAAGUUGACUGGUUGACUGAGAAGAUGCAUGCUAGAGACUUCACCGUCUCUGCUCUGCAUGGUGAUAUGGACCAGAAGGAGCGUGAUGUGAUUAUGAGAGAGUUUAGGUCUGGCUCAAGCAGAGUGUUGAUUACUACUGAUCUUCUGGCUCGUGGGAUCGACGUCCAGCAGGUUUCCCUGGUCAUUAAUUAUGACCUUCCUACAAACCGAGAGAACUACAUUCAUAGAAUUGGUCGUGGUGGCCGUUUUGGCAGAAAAGGAGUUGCUAUCAACUUCGUCACUGAGGAAGACAAGAGGAUUCUUCGGGAUAUCGAGACGUUUUACAAUACUACCGUGGAGGAGAUGCCCAUGAAUGUGGCAGACCUGAUUUGAUCCCUGAGAUUUUUUUUUAAAACGCAGUGAUAGCGAUCGUCCACUUGCAUUGUGCUUAUAUUAUUCAAAGGGGGAAAAACUUCUCAAUGCUAAAUCUUGGAUCAGAAUUUUGGUAUGUGUUUAAAAGCGAGGUGAUUUCUAUGGUGGUCCCUCUCGGACAGUUGUAGAUUCUAACCUCGACAGGUGGCUGUUUGGCGCUACACAGCUAUGGGGUCUGUAAACUUAAAGGUUCUUAUCAGGUAUUUUUUUCCAUGUUCAAUUAAGAUGUGUGUAUUCGAUGUUCUCCAUCAUUUAGUAAUUUACUUGUGGACUAAAAGGUAUAAGUGCUGUAUAAAGUCUGCAAAUUAUGUUAUGCUAACAUAUGUGCAAUGUAUUGUGGGACUGCUUAAUAGACUUAUGUAUUACUGUAGGUUCACUUGCCUUUUAUCUUUUGUGAAUGUGUUAAUUUAAUAUACCAUAUUUUUUUAAUCCCACUUGCUCUCUCAGAAUUCCUGACAUGUGAUACCCUUACCAGAGUAUAUUGCUUCUUCCCCCUGCCCCUCUAUCAGAUUUUCUCUCCCAGAAUUGUAUCAAUGUCUUAAUAAACUGAUAUUGCUCUAA